GGUGGUUGUGUUGCUUACCCAAUCUACGAUGGGCCGCAUCUCUUGGUCCGGCUGCUGGCCUCCACCCACAGCAGUGCUACAUCCAAAUUGGCUACAUCCGCCACCCACUGAGAGAGACCAUCACGAAAAAGGCAGCCAGCCAUCAAAGAGUGAGUCUGGCUGUUCCCUUUACGAGUUCCUGUCCCCACCUCUGGAUGCAGCAGCAGCAGCAGCAGCAGCAGCGGCUGAUGAGCCAUCAUUGUCCACACGAGGCCUCUUGGCAACACUCUCGUCAGCUCCGCCAGACACCAAGGGGCAUCUCUUUCGCGAAUAACAACAACACAACGGAGCGUCCACCGCUCUCUCAGCUGUAUGUGCAUCACCACGGUGAUGGUAUCACGGCAUCCCAGCGCUACCCUCCACCUCCCAAGUCGAUUAGAUCUGCGAGCCGGAGGUUCUAGAUGUUCGUUGACUUGUUGAGGCGUCGUCGCAGCUCAGGAGGCUCGACAGACACCCUCCUGCUGUUAGUUUGUCAGAUCUUUCCAUUCGCUGAUUUGUGACUCGUCUCUCGGAGAGCUGUCGGCCUUUCUGGUGCUGCGGAGCCUCCCAGGCGUCCCAUCCCAGCCCAUCUGGCCACACACGAGUUGCGCUGUAGCUCCUGUUCCUCUUCCACCAUGCGCCAAGUCAGCAUGUACCGCUUCCUACUCCCCGUCGAUGGUCAUGUCCACAACAAUGCCUUCGGAGGACACCUGCGUGGCGGUGUCUUGGGCAAACUGUCGCAGCGUGGUCUCGUUGCGGAAGAGGCCCCGCCAUUUAUGAAAUGACGAGCCGAGGAGCAGCCGCAUCGAGCCGCUGUCGGCGGUGAACGGGUCGUCCCUCGCGAGUGCCGCCGACACGCCCUGCCGUCGGAGGUCGAACAACCGCUGCUCAACGUGGAGGAAGUGCAGCUGAAAGAGCACUGUGUCGAGCUGAAUGUUGGCGGGCUUGAAGAGCCGGCGAGCUGUGGCAGGGAUGGACUUGACCAGCUGCGUGUAUUUGACGUCCACAGCACCUGCAACACCCACAACACGAGCAGCCAGAAAGCACAUCAUUGUCAGUCUGCCUGUCUGCCCUCUUUCUCCUUACUCGGCUGAUCCCCUUGUUCUGUGUCGUCCAGGUCAGUGUCGUUGCCUCCGCGGGUGUUGGGCUGCUCGAGCUCCACCCAAAGCUCCGUCUGGGCGUCUUGCGGCUCCUGCCCGUCGCAUUGUGAGAAAAGCAAAAAGAGCAGCAAACCAAAACUCAAAACACCCAAAGAGACCAUCAUGG